AUGACCUCUUACAGCAAAGCACACAAGAAUCCUCAAGGACCCGGCGAUGCUCGUCCCACGGCUCAGCAGAUCAUUGAGGACAACAACCUCACCGGCCACCUUUCUGGCAAAGUCGCUCUCAUCACUGGGGUCUCCUCAGGCAUCGGCAUUGAGUCCGCUAGAGCCCUCAAGUCGACUGGCAUGCAUGUCUUCGGAGCAGUUCGAAAUUUAGAGAAGGCUCGGGCUGCCCUGAAAGAUGAUUUAGAGCCUGGACAUCUCGAGCUUCUUGAAUUAGACAUGAACUCCCUUGCAAGCGUUAGAGCCUGUGCAAAGGAGUUCCUGUCAAAAUCCAACCGACUCAAUGUACUAGUCACCAACGCCGGCAUCAUGAUGACACCGGAGGGCAAAACUGCAGACAGCUUUGAACUACAAUUCGGCACCAACCACCUCGCGCACUUCCUGCUCUUUAAGCUGCUAAACCCCACGCUCCUGGCUUCCGCGACUCGUGAAUUCGGCUCCCGCGUCAUAUGUCUAUCUUCCGUCGGCCAUCGCGGCGGUGCAUUUGACUUCUCCGACGCAGAUGAUAUCAACUUUGUCAACAAGCCCUACGAUCCCGUCGCCGCUUAUGCACAGUCUAAGCUUGCAGCUGUGUACAUGGUAAACGAGAUCGAGCGGCGCUUCAGCAGCCAGCACCUCCACGCUUUCAGCGUGAUGCCAGGUGGUAUCUGGACAGGCCUACAAGCUUCGUUGCCCGAAGCCGUAGUGUCGACGUGGCAGAGCGACGCGGAGUUUCAGAAGGCAUUCAAAAGUACCGAGCAAGGCGCUGCAACGACGGUCUGGGGCGCGGUCGCAAAGGAACUGGAGGGCAAGGGUGGAAUGUAUCUCGAAAACUGCGCGGUUGCUGGGCCUGCACCUGCCCCAACGGGGGAUCCUACUGUGGAUAUGGGUGCUGCGGGGUAUGCAGCUUGGGCGUUUGACGAGGCCAAAGAGGGAGCUCUGUGGAAGAUGAGCUGUAACAUGGUCGGUAUCGACGAGGUCUGA